GACUAAGACUUCUCCUCUGCUGUCCAAGCGCUUUGGUGCAGGGACAGCGGCCGUCUUCAGCCAAUCCAGUGCAGGCUCUCCACCGAAGGCUGGCUCUAGACUGGUGAAAGCUGUAAGAACUGAAGUGACAAAUUGGCGUGGUGGAAAUUCAGGCUGUUACUAGAUCUUGUUAUUAUUCCUCCCAAGUCCUACAGUUGCUCUUUUCAGCAGCUUAAAUGGCACGCUUUCCAGUAAAGGUGUGCAUCUUUAAGUUAAACUAUUGUAAUUUAUUUCAAAUGUAGCAUAAAGUUUAAAUACACCUUUAAAGGAUUUCACUUGUUUUUAGAACCUAAACUUAAUGAGUUAGUAUAUUUGAAUACUAAAAAUUCCUUAUUAGUAAUAAAAUUAUUGAUGGUUGUAUUUGUGAAUGUUUAUACUGUUUAGCCACAGAAUGGCUCCUGAGAGAUGGAUAGUGCAGUUGUCAUUCUGGCUUCCCUUCUGAUGUGUAGAGUUAAUGCUUCCAGGGCCAACUGCCUCUUAUAGACAGCUGUAGAAUUUACUGUUUAGAAUGUCAAAUUGGGUUUGAAUGUUACUUUCUCUAAGGUUUUAGGGCAAAGAUACUGGGUGGGGGUAGUUAAAUCUUAUGAGGUACAGCCAGACAUUAGGGUGUGUGUGUUAUACCAUUAUGGAUAUGUUGGGCAGUGUAUAAUAUAACCUCUUCACAUGUUUUCUCAUGAAUUGUUUUUGUAAUGUUGAUAAAGCUAGUUUACCAUUUGGUUUUAGACUAUCAAUUUAAAAGAAAUAUAUAAAGAAAAUGUUAAAGAUGUAGCCAAUUUUAAAGACCUUUAACUUUUCUAAAAAUGUGAAGUUUUGUACUUACCUAUAUCUUCUAAAGUAUUAUAGUAUUUUUAAGUGUACUUAGCUUGUUGCCACUUUUAGUGUUUUGUUGCUUUUGUCUGAUUUUUAUGAAUGUUCAUUUUAAGACUCCUUGUUGAAAUGGGACAGUUUGGAAACGUUCUUUGAUAAGCCCGAGAAGAGGAUUCCCUUGGGUGUUGACCUCCUCUGCAUGAUGUGCCCAUGCAUCUGAACUGCACCCAAGGGCCUUUCCCUUUUCCAAGUGGACUCCCUCACUGGAGCUGCGGCCCAGUCAUCUGGAGAAGGACCGGGCCACAAGUGCUGCCUGAAGAAAAGGAACACAGGACAGCUUGUCUCACAGUUUCAAGGCUUCAUGCUCAGCCUGCUCAUUUGAGUUUGCAUGUUUCUCUGCACUAUGGAUUUUGAACAUUUAGAUUUCUUUAAUCAACUUCAUUUUAACUACUAAGUAGCAUUUUCUUUCUAAGCAUUGUGCUUUGCAUGAUAGCAGGCCAAAUAUAGAAGGAAAAGUAAAGUUAAAGUCGGUUCUCGUUCAUAGCAACAUGUAUUUGACAUUCAGCCAGCUUUUUUCCCCAGUGAUUUCUUUCAUGUAUUCAGAAUGUCCCCUGGUAUCUCUGGAGAUUCCCAGAAUUCCCAGCCCAGUCCUAGUGUAGAACCCUUAGGAAUAACAACCUUUGAUGACAGGUAGUGGCAUAGUUGCCCAUAUCAUUACAGUCUUCCUGGUCUUGUUUUUAGGAACUACAUGAAUGACAGCCUUCGCACCGAUGUUUUUGUGCGGUUCCAACCUGAGAGCAUUGCUUGUGCCUGUAUCUACCUCGCUGCCCGGACACUGGAGAUCCCUUUACCCAAUCGUCCACAUUGGUUUCUUUUGUUUGGAGCAACUGAAGAAGAAAUUCAAGAAAUUUGCUUUAAAAUCCUGCAGCUUUAUACACGGAAAAAGGUUGAUUUGACACACCUAGAAAGUGAGGUGGAAAAGAGAAAGCAUGCCAUUGAAGAGGCCAAAGCACGAGCUAGGGGGCUGCUACCAGGGAGUGCUCCAGUUCUGGACAGUGCUGCAGGGUUCUCACCUGCUCCCAAGCUGGUAGAAUCUCCCAAAGAAGGUAAAGGAAACAAGUCUUCUCCACUCUCUGUGAAGAAUGCCAAACGGAAAGUGGAGGGCCCAAAGAAAGCCAAGGCAGACAGCCCUGUGAAUGGCUUGCCAAAAGGGCACGAGAGUCGAAGUCAAAGCACGAGCCGUGAACAGAGCUACUCACGAUCCCCGUCACGGUCUGCUUCUCCAAAGAGAAGGAAAAGUGAUAGUGCCUCUACCUCAGGUGGGUCCAAGUCACAGAGUCGUUCUCGGAGCCGCAGUGAUUCUCCUCCAAGGCAGGUACACCGUGGUGCUCCCUACAAAGGCUCAGAAGUGAGGACCUCCCGGAAAUCAAAGGACUGCAAGUACCUCACCCAGAAGUCACACAAGUCUCGUAGCCGGAGCUCCUCUCGUUCUCGAAGCCGGUCACGAGAGCGGACAGACAAUUCUGGAAAAUACAAGAAGAAAAGUCAUUACUAUAGAGAUCAAAGACGAGAACGUUCAAGGUCAUAUGAGCGCACAGGCCAUCGCUAUGAGCGGGACCACCCUGGACACAGCAGACAUCGGAGGUGAGAUGGGUUCCUUGGUGGCUGCCCUUGGUUCCUCCCUGUUGGACACACCUUGGCUUCAGUGGCCUUGUAGCAUGAUAUUUUUUUGGAAGUUUUCAAUUGGAUGGACCUUGAGGUGAAUUUAACUGAUGGGACAGUGAGCAAGGUACCCUUCAGGCUGGCCUGGGGAGUGCUUCACAUCUGUCCCAGUUGAAGGUCCACCUCAACUACAGACCUUCAGGUAGCUGGAUGGAACAGCAAAGGCACUCGUCCCCAUUGGUGUGGCUUGGUGCUAUUGAUAAGCUGUCUCUUCACUCCUAAACUUAUAUUCAAUUACGUUAAGCCAAGAAAGAUGAUUUUUCAAAUGUCCACCUAUAUUAGGUUAUACUUGUGUACAUAUUUUCCAGUGUUUCACAAAGAGAAAAUGGCCUUAAUACCCCCCCCCCCCCCCCCCCCCCCCCCCCGUUCUCUAUUCAUGUUGUAAAUAAACAUGUGUUUAAUACAAGUGAAAGCUAUAUGUAAAAACUCAGAAUUUGAAUUCUGUUAGCUUAACACUUGUAUAGAGAAUUCUGAUUUUUAAAUUGUGAAGGUAUUUAGGUCUGUGUUGAAAGUCAUAUAUUUUUAUCUGCAAUGCUGAGUGCAGGCCACCAGCUCUAGAGAAAUUUUACGAGGUUGAAUAAACAAAAUUCUCAGGACACUUGGGGUGUAAGACUUUGUGAGCUGUCCUUCUGCUAGUUUUCUUAUGUGCAUGCCUGGGGCUUGGCUGUGGGACUCAGGCAUAGUGGGAGUGUUUGUGUGCAACUGUGCACUGCCAGCUUAGCUAUUCUAGGGGAAAUAAGAGCUGUAUAUUCCCUGAUCUUUGCUCCCAGUUCUCAUUAAAGUGUUGGAUUUUGUAUUAA